AUGGCGGGUUUCCAGCUGCUCGGCCUGCUCUUCGCAGUCUUAUGCUGUGGGGCAAGUGCUGCGGCUCGGGUAGUUUUGCACGUUGGCAGCCAUGCGUCGGCACUUCGCCAACCUGCAGUCCACUUUGACGCCCCUUCUUCGUUCACAGCCCCGGCUCUUGGUUCCGCUUUAAGCAUGCGAGAAAAUCUCCACUUCGCUUUCGGCCCGAGAAUUCCAGAGAGUGCGGCAGCGAAGGCCGAUCCGCACGCGUUCGUUGCCCGUGGCCAGAAGCAUCUGUGGCGAAGCAGCCACCACGCUCUGGCAGAGUCUUGGCUUUCUUCAUUCUCGGCACCGUCCUCCGGACCCCCCUCCCUGCAGCUCGCUUCCGCGUUCCUUCGUUGCCUACAGCAUCCAAGGGCCACGUCGUUCUUACAGGUUCAGAAGAAUGCUUUCCCGGCGUCUGGAGGAUCCGCGAGGCGCACCACAAUCCCGUCACAGCGAGAUACCCUCGUCACUUUGUCUCUUUUUUUCCGACUCUCCUUUUGCCGCAACGCCCCGUACAGUCCCCUGAAGUUCGGAUCCCACGUCUAUGCGCAUCCGGCGUUCCUGGUACGCUCGGGAGCUCUUCCGUUUUCUCCAUUCUCUGCUUUUUCCAUCCUCUCGCGGUUCCAGCGUUCCAACACAAUUGGUGCGCUUCGCAUGCGCACCGAGAAUCUGCGGAUUGCUUGCUCACAUCUCCACACGAGGUUCCCCGUUUGGAAGGCCGACAGGCACCGGACCGCAGAUUGUUUCCCGCCUUUCCGAGACGAGGGACGCGGCCGAAUUCAUGGCCGGAACAAUUGCAACCUGCGACGGUAUGCGGGCGUGUUCGGCGAAAGCGAGGUCAACCCGACAGGCGCUGAGGGACGGCGGUCCUGUCCAGGCAUUGCGGAAGUUCCUCAGAAUGACGCAAAUGACGCUCGUGCCGGAUACGAACAGGCGAGCGGCGCAGUGCACCCAGGGAGUGGCGGGGAAGGAAACGGCUCAGCUGGGUCCGAUUCGCCCUAUUGCUCUCGGGUAGACCAUCGCCAUGGCUACAGCGAACCUGUGACCGGCGAGUCGGGGUGUGGAGACAAGACAGGCGGAGACGAUGAGAGCACACCGUGUGGGCUGGAGAGCCCCGGUGACGCAGACGAGGGCAACGUCGAUGCCGCGUUUCUACUGAAAAAGGCUGAAGAGUUGCCUCGCGAAGAAAUUGAGGGCCUCAUUCAGCAUCUCCGGGAGAAUCUGCCGCACUUGAUUGAGCCCGUGCAUGCGCAGUUCGUCGAGGAAAUCCACCGUCGACUUACAUCGCGGGAGGACGCAGAUGAGACCAGCAGCCCCGGCAGCGCGCCCAGAUCAGCGGUGUCCUUCUCCGCAGGGGAGGAAAGUGAAGAGUGGCGGGGGACUGAAGACGGAAUGACCAAGGACACAGCUUCGUCAAUGGAGGAGGGAAAUGACAGCCAGGAAGAUGACGCUGGGCACAGCGAAGUGGCGGCUGACGGUGACGAACACUACGAACAGGAAAGUCCACCUGAAGCCCAGAUCUCAGAUUCGCUGUUCGAUGACCUCUCCAUCUACAGCGCCGAGGAACUUCACCUGAUUUUGAGGUUACUUCUUCGCGAGGCUGAAAAGGUAGACCGGGCAGAAGCUUCAGGCACUUCAGUCGGGCGCCCUGCAGAACCCCGUCUGCCGCCGGCUCCGAGGCGAGACUUGAGUACGCCGCCGUGGGAAACAGAGGAGGAAGACGAAGAGGAAGACACCGGACCGUCUGGUGCUUCUGUACCCUUGGCGGAGCUGCUGGCGACCCGAGAAUCGAUAGGCGAUGUGACGGCCAUCCCCCGCUACAAGUUAAUCGAGAUCCUCGAGAAGCUGUCUCCCUUUAUCGCUGCCUUGCCCUUUGAUGAUUUCCUCAAUGCACCAAGCGCCUUCACAACGGAGCAGCUCCGAGACGUUGUCGGCCUCGCUCUCGCCCGCAUGCAGCAGGGUAUCUACAGUGCACGGGACCCUAUGGUAGUAAGGCGCAUUGGCAAAUGGCGAGCCCGCAGAGAGAAGUAUGCGGCUUUCAGGAGAAAAGAAAUCGCCAGCGAAAAGCAAGAAACAGGCACUACUGGAGAGGAGGGAAGGUGUGGCGUGGAGCUAUCGGGUGUACGGACAGUCGAAACACCUGCGCAGAUUGGGAACGUGUCGGAAGUUCGAAAGGGGGGGAAAAGCGAGAACGUGAGUGAGGCGAACCGAACGAGGAGACACCAAAGCGAGAGAGGUGGAGAGACGCGAAGUGCAUUUCGUGGUCUCGACCUCUCCCUCCCCUCGGGAACGCUGGACCCAAGCAAGUUAAGUCGCUUGUCCGACUCCAUGAGUAGGGGGGUGUACGGCGUAAAAACGCUGUCGCCGCCUCCGGCGAAUGCAGAGGGGAGUCAUUUGGAUGGCGGAGGCAACGAGCAAAUGACAGAAGGAGAGGAAAUUGACGUGGCCGACCUUGAGGACGAGGCACUGGUCGACGACGGAACAUCUGAAGAGGGAUUCUCGCCCCACAAGGACAGUGAAUCAAUUCUUGGCGUUGCAGAUCAGGCCGAGGUAGAAGGCAUGACCGACGAAGAGUUGACGCUGGCAGGGGCUGACGUGUGCGAGAUGGGCGUAACCACACUCAGAACGAUUCUAGCCAGUGAUGAAAACGCACUGUACAGGCCGAGAAGUUUGAGAACGAAGGCUGACGUUGAGGCGCUGUCGUGGCGGCAGCUGCGCGACGCGUACGCGGAGCUCUCACGCCGAGCGCAAGGCAACGAGGAAUCGGAUAUUGUGCAAGGGAAGAAGAAGAUCGUCGGCGACGAAGAGGGAGAAGCGGAGCAAGGAAGAACGCCUGGUGGGCCUGGUUCGGGAGGGGAGGACACGCGCGGGAAGGACAAGAAAAAGGCCGCCAAACAGCGGUGGAAAGGCGCCGAAGAAGCGGAGACGUCAGAAGUGUCAGAAGCACCAGAUAAAUCGCUUGAGGCUUCCACCUGGACCUUCGAUUCGAGAUCAGAAACGGAGUGGGCAGAAUCCCCAGACGCGGAACGGCUGCGCAAAGGACGAGAUGUGGCAGCUGCUGCAAGAGGCUGUUUGCAGUAUGUUGCUGCACACCUGAAGAGAGCCGCUUCGAGGGACGACGCGUCAAGAUCUAUAGCGCACCUGGACGAUUCGGCAUCCGAGUUUCAGGGAGAAACCGAUGUCGAGACGUCCGUAGGAGCCCAGGCUGUCUCCAAGGUGGGCACAGAGGAUGAAGACGAGGCAACAGACCUUUCGCCUGUGUCCUCGUCCACGCCAGUGUCUUCGCUGCGUCCUAUGCCAUCGGCCGCUGCCGUCACCGCGCCUGCGGUGUCUGCUCCUUCCUUUUCUAGUAGGGAAUCGAGUGACCUGGAAAAAAAAGCGAGCGUCGUGCUCUCGGAGGAAGAGACUUUCUCUACGUCUCCUGUUUCCACGCAGCUAUCGCUUUCGUCUUCGUUGGCUUCUGUGUCGUCUUCGCCUUCCUUUUUAUCUUUUCGCGGGCUGGGCCUUUCGCCGUCGGUCGCCGCGUCGGCGAGCGCUUUCCUUGGAUCCUCCGCAACCCCGUCGCCCGUGCAGGCGGCUGGCAUCCCCCGCCUCCUUCGCUUUAUGAACAGUCCAGAAGAGGCCCCGAGAGGCGCCCUCGUGUUGGGGGCUCAGACGGGGAGUGGCAAGACGCUGGCUUACCUUUUGCCUCUCGUACACCAACUGAAACGUGAAGAAGAGCGGGAAACGGAGUCGAGAGAACGCACAUCGAGAGGAUCCCGGGGGCAGAACCGUAGUUCAGGUGCGGCACCCGCGGGCAAUGACGCUUGUCGUUCCCCAUCUGCAUGCGCGUCGUUUGUCCCAGGUCGAGGUGAGGAGUUUGAUGAAGAGGCUCUUUCGGACGACGCGCUUCGUCACUUUGACCAGAAAGAAGCAGGGCGCCCGCGAGCGCUUAUUCUCACUCCGACCUGGGAGCUUGCGGACCAAGUCGCACGCACGCUGAAGGCCCUUUCGGCGUCCUUCCCGCUUACGGCUCGCACAGACGAGACAUGUCGCGGCAGUUCAGAGACGGCGUUCGCGGGGCGGGUGACGCAUGCGCAGCAGAUGAUGGCUCCGAGACUCUCAGUUCUGAGUCUCGCCGGGGACGGAUCUCUGGGCCACCAGCGACAGCAGCUGCGAGAGCGAACCCGCUUGGACGUUGUUGUCGGAACACCGCCCCGCAUUCUGAAGCUCGCUGAAUGGGGUCUGCUGAGACUCAGCGACUUGCGUUUCUUGGUCAUCGACGAGGCAGAUGCAAUGCUCCUUUCUGAGGGUUUCGACUCCGAAAUCCGACAGGUUCUCGCGAACCUCAGUCCCACAGGGCGAAGGUUCUCUGAGGCCGAGGCAGACACCCGCCGACUCCAAGAGUCUCCAGAGCGCAGGGGAAGCGGUGACGGGAAAGAGUCACUGCCCAGAGCCGAUGGUCGACAGAAAGGCGCCGUUCCUGACGACAGGCGGGCCAAAGGCAUAUGCAGGAUUCCUGUGAUAGCGGCAGCGGCCACGGUGUCUUCGCGGCUCGGGCGAGCCCUAGAGAGCCUGACAGGAGGCCCUGCUGAGCUCAUUGAGGCGUCUGGGAUCCACGUCCCGCCCGAGAGUGUCAGGCAUGAAAUGAUAGACGUGGGAGGCAGAGACAAACUGGAGCUCCUUCGAGAAAUCCUCCGAUCGCACGAGGGGAUUCGAGCAGCGAGGAAAGUCCUCAUUUUCACCAACAGCGUUCAAGCGUGUCGCGCGUGCGAUUUCGCCGCGAGAGAUACCCUCGCGCGGACUCCAGGAGGCAGCGGCAGCGUUCUGAGCUGUCACGGAUCCAUGCCCCCUGCCAUCCGAAAGGCCCAUUUCAAUCGCUUCGCGAAUGGAGCCUGCAAGUUUCUAGUGUGUACGGACCUGGCCAGUCGAGGCCUUGACUUGCCGGCCGUGGGCGCCGUGAUCCUUUUCGACUUUCCUCUCUCGCCGGUCGCGUACUUACACCGGGCGGGCCGGACAGGGCGCAUGGGGAGGAAGGGUUUGGUCGUCUCUCUUGUCACGAAAAAGGAUCAAGUGCUGGCUACGGCGAUACAACGAGCUCUCGAAACAGGAACGGCAAACCUGGCUGAACUGUCGUCUAACAAGGCGGAUUACCAGAAAGGAGGGCGACUGCACUUUCUGUCUCAGGCUGGGGGAUACAACACGACGGAGAGAAAGCUGAGCGAACCUUACAGGGUCUCGAGCAAGACUCGCCGAGCAGGUUGGAAGCCACCCAACACGUGGCGCCUCGGUGCCUCGCCGCAAAGGGUCGGAGACCCUCCGGAAAAUAUGGCUAGCGUUGCUUCUGGUGUCGGCAAGUACGACAGACUCAAAGCGCCUGUCGACACGCCAGUUCCACUCAUCAGCUUUCGCACGGUCUGUUAA